UAUAAGUAGGCAUUCAAUUUAUUUUGUUGUUUUAUUUAUUUUUUUAAAAUAAAAUACAAAAUGGAGGUUAUAGAAGAUGGGAAUAUUAUGGACAGGAUCCCUAUUCUAUUGCAGAGGGAUUUGGAAUAUUAUCAGACAAACCAAACAGUACUAUCAGAAAAUAUUUGCUGUGGAGUUGUCGGCGGCAGGUUGGAUUUUCCGAGGAGUGCAUCAUUUGCAGCUGUCAAAAUAGUGCUGUGGCUGGAAGAGGAAUUCUCAAUUGCUUUUCAACAAGGUUCUGGAAUGUUCGUGAACAUUGGGGAAGACAAAGUAGACGGUGUAGCAAAAACCUCCGAUCCUGAUAAAUUUGCACAGUUGGCAACGAAAUCCAGUGACUCUUUGCUAGAACAUCUUCACGUAUUAGCGCAAGAGGCGCUCGACCACGCGGAUUUGCCCGUGCUGACAGCAACUUUGGGGGCCGCUGCGUUAUUGAAGAAUAGCUUGUAUUGCUAUGUACAACACGUAGAGGAUGCUGGCAAUGCUGAACGACAUGCUAUAAUACAGGGAUGCUAUAAGCGCUACGCAACGAUGUCCGAAGCAGUAGGAGAGAGAGUGCUAGAUCUUCACAAUCGAGUACUAUCUCUAUACAUCCUGCAAGACUCCGGUGGGCGGCCCAUUGACGACCAGUCCAACACUGCUCACGAGGCUGGCACGCCAUCUGUGCAGGGAUGGUGGCUUUACAUGAACGGUAGCAAGAAAGAUUUAUGGGACACAGUGCCGCCACGAAUGGCACAAAGAAUCUUUGCUGGAAUGUUGAAUGAAACACUAACUAUUCUGACCGUUAGAUAUUGCCAAACAAACACUUCAGACUCAACAACACCUCUUCUCAUAAACGAUGUCCUCAACAUCCUGCUAUGCGUGGGCCAGCUCUUGCCGGCUAUAUGUAGCAGCGGCUCGGAUCUAGCCGGGCUAGAGGAGGCCCAGCAAUGCAGGGACGUGAGAGACGUACAUGCCAAGUGCAACGAACUGUUCAAGUGUAUGGUCUAUAGAGGGGCGGCUUUACACUUCUUACAUCAGGCUUUUACAGAGCAAGAAGAAACAAAAUUCUUAAAGGAUACACCAUACCCGUGGUUCACGUUUAUUAAUCCGAACCUCUUCGAUGGUUCUGGAGAUAAAACUGCGAAGACAACUCAAGAGCUGUCAACGAAGACCGCUUUAGGUUUGGAAUUGAUGGUUUUGCUUGCUCAACCGCAGCCAUCUUGGUCUUUGGUUGUCAAGGUUCUAAUGAUGCGCAACUGCCACUUGUCGCGAAUGCUUCUGAUGAAUGCCAUUCGCAAUAUGUCUGCGGAUAACUCGCGCUGGCCGGCCGACGGGCUGUGGUACAACGUGGAGGGGUUCCAGCAGAAAUGCGAUGGGUUUCUGUGCACGGCUGAUGGGUUCUGCAGGUUCAAGGGGGAUUCCAAUGCGGGUGAAGAAUACGCCCGCGCGGUUGGAGCCUUGACGUACAUACUGGCGACAAUAGGCAGCAAGGCGGACUUGAAGUCCACACUGUGUUACGCCCUAGAAGUAUCGGGGAGAGACUGGGCCGCUUGCUUGGAUAAACGACAGGUAUGGUGUGACCGCCGUCCGCCGUGGCUUGCCGGCCUGCUGGCAGUAGCGGGAACGUUCCUACAGUUUAUACCGUCUGUCCUUGUUAACGCUGUACAGACUGGAGCUUCUAUGUAUCAGACUAUGUCCCUGUGCCUCACCUGCAUAUCCCGCACGCUGGACUGCAUCCCCCGAUGUUUCGUUAACGCGACGUCCACACUGGAGAGCGCUCUGCCGUCCAACGUCGCUCCGGUCGGCGGCUCUCUCCUGCUGCAGAUGCUGAUUACCAUCGCGUACGAGCAGCUGCAAAUAUGGGCACAGAGGGAAGCGGCUAAGGAAAAAGCGGUGGCAAAUGGUGAAGCCCAUGAUAUGAACGUCAAACACAAGCCAAGACCAAAGCACGUCAGGAUUUCAUCGCAAAAUCGCACUAUAACAUCGUCAUCGACUUCGUUCGACGGCAGCCUCAGUUCCCCAUCCUCCAUAGCUCUGGCGAUAGCCGAAGCGUUAUGUUCUAUAGACGAAGACCACAAACACACGUCAGAAAUAGAGGCGCUAGUCGCUCAGACAAAGAAGACUUAUACAGUCUCUGAUAACUUCGGCUUGGAGGACUUCCCAGAAUUUGCCGAGUUUUUUGAGGAGGGAAAAGUCCCAGCAUCAGAUGCGGAGCGGGCUAGUGAUGCCGCGGCCUUAACCAGUCAGAUCCUCAUGACAUCUGCGGGCAGAGACAGUCUGAGAGUAAUCUACGACCACAUGCAGUUACACUGUGAAAUAAUCUAUAAGGAACUGGGCAUACAAGACCAACAGGACGCGGAGAUCACGUUGAACAAAGCCCCCCUGCUAUACCUCAUGUUCCAUAUCGGGAAGCGGCCUUUUGACCAGUAUCUGCGAGGAGAGUGGACAAUGCCGUGGAGCAGACUAGUAUCGCUGGCCAAGGCGUGGUCGGGUCCCGAAGGUGCCAAGCUGCACGUGAACAGACGCACAGACAUACGCGGCGCGAAGACGCAUGGCAAGACCAACAGACAGCUGCAGGACUUGUAUAAUAUAUUCAAGUCGCCCACUGAAGGACUUUAGGAACAACUCGGAAGGCUCCUGUACACGGCUUGUGCAGAACCAUAACAAAUGUUGGAAUAGGGGACCACAAUAACAAUGAGUUAUACAACUUAGAGACUUUAUUAACAAGAACAAGAACUGCCUGCGGAGAAGCUGCCGAAUUGAAUAUUUUACACGGUAACAAUAGUAAUAACACUAUACACUUUUAACCUAUGACUUUUCUUAUAUUAUGCACUUCACAGAGGAAUAAAUAGUAUUUUGAUGUGCACAUUAGAAAAUACUAUAUGUUUGUAUAUUUAAUUAUUAUUAUUUACAAUGGAUGUAUUUCAAUCAUCAGAGGAUCACAUAUUUUUAAUCUUAACAUAUACUUAGCUGUUAUUUAAGUAGGUACUAAAAUAUAACCUUUGUUAUACCUACAGUAGAUAGGUAGGUACGUUUCGACAAAUGCAUGUAUUCAACAUUUUGGACCUGAAGGGUAAAUAUUAAGAUAGAAAUAUUAGUUUCUAAUGUAUUAUGUUUAAAUCUAUUGUAAUUUGUAAACGAUUUCAUUAAUAAAGUAUAUUUAUA